CGUUUCCCACGAAAAAAUAACGGCAACUCUAAUUUUGCUUUCUUUUGUUUUGAUCCACCCAUUCACAUUGUUUUUGACAUUUUCAACUUUGUGAUUUGGCGCGCAAAUGUGAUUUUUGCUUGCUAAUUGACUUUACGCGAGUGAAAGGUUUUUUGUUUACGCUGUUUAACUGAAAUACGAUAUUAAAGUAAUUUAUUGAAAUAUGAAGUGUAAAAUCCCAGAAAUCUCAUGGCAUAAUCGCGACCCAGUACUGAGUGUGGAUAUACAACCCAGAUCCCUAGAAAAAUCCAAUAAAAAACAUCGCCUGGCCUCGGGUGGCACAGACGCUCAUGUACUAAUCUGGUAUAUGAAUUACACAGAUGAUGAAAAGGAUAUUGAAUUGGAUUUGGCUGCUGAUUUAACGCGUCAUCAGCGUGCAGUAAAUGCGGUAAAAUGGUCACCAAACGGUGAGUUGCUGGCAUCCGGUGAUGACGAGAGUGUCGUCUUCAUUUGGAAGUUGAAAGGCGAACAGGAGCCCUUAAAUAUAUUGGACAACACCAACGAGCAGGAUAAAGAAGUAUGGAUUGUAUUGAAGGUAUUGCGAGGUCACAUGGAGGACAUUUACGAUUUGAGUUGGGCGCCAAAUUCACAGUUUCUCGUAAGCGGUUCCGUCGAUAAUUCUGCCAUGGUUUGGGACGUACAAAAAGGCAAAUCUACGGGAAUGUUGCGCGAUCAUAAAUCGUUUGUACAAGGUGUUGCAUGGGAUCCAAAAAAUCAAUAUAUUGCUACACUUAGUUCGGAUAGAUAUUUGAGAAUUUUCGACAUACAGUCAAAGCGGGUUUUACAUCGCAUUAACAAAUCCACACUACCGGUUGGCGAAGGUAAUGAAUUUCAUGGACAUCGUUUACGUCUAUUCCAUGACGACACAUUGCAGACAUUCUUUCGGCGUCUCUGCUUCACGCCUGAUGGCAAAUUGCUGCUGACACCUGCUGGUGUGGCAGAAAAAGAAGAUGUAGCCCAAUCAUUGCACACCACAUAUGUAUUUAGUCGACAUUCUUUCCGACAACCUGCCAUUGUGUUGCCCUGUCCCGGACAGUAUACAGUAGCGGUGCGUUGCUGCCCGAUUUUGUAUCGAUUGCGACCACAUAAAGCUGAUGUCAAUCCGCCAGUUGUGCCACUACCAUAUCGCAUGAUAUUCGCCGUUGCAACACGUAGUUCCGUCUACUUUUAUGACACACAACAGCGACAACCAUUUGCAGUAAUCUCGAAUAUACACUAUACGCGUUUAACAGAUGUGACUUGGUCCAGUGACGGUCGAAUUGUGGUCGUAUCAAGUACGGAUGGUUUUUGUUCGUUGAUCACCUUUGAGGCGGGUGAAUUGGGAGAGGAAUAUGAAAAUGCCGAGCAAGUUUUAAGUGCAAACGAUAUCAAUACAGUUAGUAAAAAAACAAAGAAACAAAAGGAAAACGACGCACAAAGUGUUAAGGAGCGCAAACCAUCCACCGAUGAACCGAAAACUAUAAACAUCAAACGUUAUCCGCUGGCGCAAAUAGCCGAAGUGCAAAAAACCGACGAGCCAAUGGAGACAACAGUAGAAGCCACAACAACAACAAAUGUGGAAACACAACCUGAAAAAUCUGUUAGCGAUAAAGUAGAAGUAAAGUGCGGCGAAAGCGCAGUGUUAGUUCAAAAUAAUAAUAAAAAUUCAGUUAGUGAGAGUGUGCCAGUGAAUUUAAAUAACGCCGGCGCCGCAUUGGCAAUUACAAAAACACUUGGUGCUCAAAUCAUUAUUGACAAGGAAAUUCUUAGCUCCGAUGAACGCUUCGAAUCACCAGAGAAAAAGAGUCGUCCUGUCACACCGAUAAUGGUUCGACGCACGCCACGUAGUGCAACGCUCCCCAACACUAUUAGUACUCCUACCACCAGUGAGACGCAUACAAAUAGUGCAAAGAAAACAACAAAUACGCCUGCUACAUCGCGACUGACAAAGGGUGCUACACCCAUAUCAGUACGACGCACGCCUCGUGCGCUUUUGUCAAUGCCGGCGCCACCAGCAGCAGUUUCAACCUCAACUGUAGAGGAAGUGGCGCUUGAUGCCUGGCCAACACCAAUGGAAGUAGAUGACAGUAAUGCCGGAACAAAGACUACUUCCACAAACAGUGAGUCGAUUAUUAAACCACCUGCUGUAGUUGCUGAGACACACAAGUCGGCCGUUAACAACGACGCAACGUUGGAGUGCACCGAAGAUAUGCGUUUGGUAUACGAGGAUUCGGUGGAUAAUAAUUCGCAGGCGGCAAUUACAAAAACUACUGCAGAGCAGGAGUGUAAAAGCGUCGAAAAACCAACGUCAAAUACUGAAACAGUAGCUGGUAAGGAAGUAAGCGCACAAACACCAACACCAAAAACACCGAUGUCGGGCAAUAAAACACCGCGACGGGUUGCGCUUAAAACAAUAUCAACACCCAAAUCGAAAAAGAAGUUAUUGGAUUAAUAAUGAUUAAAAAAUGUGUUUUUUUACUUGAAUUUAAAUUGUAAGACGUAAGUGAUGUUUUAAAGAAAGGAAAACUAAAAUAUACAUACAUACAUACAUAAUGCAACUAAAAAUAACGGUCAUUUUUGAUAACAGAACAGCUGCAAUUGAGGUCAGGGAGAGAUGCACAUGUGUUAUAAAUGGCGAAAUGCUUAUAUUUUGCAAAUGCUUUAAUCAUAAUGACUAUUUCAUUAUUGUGAUUUUUCGAAUCAACAGCUUUGGUCUGAAACCGGAACGAAUUUGAUUUUUAUUCGGCCAAGGACUGUAAAUUUCCUAAAAUUGUUUAUGAAAUGUUAAUUCUGACGUUAAUUAAAUUUAUAUAUGUAUGUAUGGGACCUAUUAAUGAAGAAGUAAGGAAAGGCUACAUUUUAUACUCUCGGAAUUUAUUGAAUUUUUUAAAGAUAACACUAUUUUACCCAUAUAUUCGGCAUAAAAUCCAAUAGAAUAAUGAAAAUUAUCAUAUAUAUUAUUAUAUAUAAAAGCUGAUGUAAUUCCUGAACCGAUUUCAUUCAUUUUUACCAACUCUCUAUUGUCCGUUUUUAACUAUUUUUGGUACAGAGACACACUAUUAGAGGAAAAGGACUUACUUUACUUUACUUAAAAUAUCUAAGAGAUUUACCGAUAUUUUCGUUGAAAAAUUACCCUCAGGCACUUUUUUCUUUAUUUGCAUUAUCCGGGGCAUUGAAAAGUUAUAGCCUUUUCUUUUCUUCUGACGUUUUUCGUUAGUGAUUUAACGCACUUUUAAUAAGUUCGAACAUAACCUUUGUAUGGGAGCUGGGCGUGGUUUUUACGAAAUAUGUACAAAAAACUUUUAAGAGUGCGUGGACACGCCCACUUUCCCUAAAAAAUUACAUACAAUUAUGCCCAUUCCUACUUCGAUCCUUUAAACAACCUUUAACAUUUUUAACUUUUAUUGCUUAGUUAUGGCACUUAAUGUGUUUUCGGGUUUGUGGGCGUGGCAGUGGUCCGAUUUCGCCCGUGUACCAAAUUACAUCAAGAUAUCUAAUUUUUUCUCAAGUUACAGCUUGCGCAGACAGUCGGACGGAAGGAAAGCCGAAAUGUGAACUCCACUCGUCACGCUGAUCACUUUGGUAUAUAUGUAUAACCCUAUAUAUAACUCAUUUAGUUUUAGAUGUUACAAACAACCGUUAUGUCCACAAAAAGAGCAACUUUUAUUGCGAGAGUAUAAAAAGUGAGUCGUUGAGUCUCAACCAAGGGAACAAGCUUGGUAGAGUCAAGCGUGAAAUUUUAAAUUAAGUCAAACUUGUGAAGAAUUCCAUUUAAAAUUCUGUAUUAACGUUAACUGCUUGCAUAAAAUUCACCUUAACUGUAACGAUCUCUACCAAAGGUUUAUUUUUUUAUUUUGUAUUUUCAACUUUACUGCAAAUAAAAUUUCUGUAUUGUUUACAUUGUCAUGCAACUACAUUGUGCAAAUCUCAUUUGUUGUUGCUUGUUGACACUUGACAGCCAAUGUGAACAAAAAGUGAACAACAUUCUAUCUUAUCACUUGAGUUAUAUGGCUACUGUGUAGAACUGUUUAGUUAUAAAAUUCAGAAGAAAUACAAAUGAUCUUUUUAUGCUAUUUAUUUACAAAUAUAUAUUUAAACGUAAGGAUCGAUGCACAUCACAAUAAAAAAUUAUCAGCUGCUCGUGACUAUAUGCUAGACCGUAAUUAUAUUAUAUAUGUAUAUACAAACUUAUUAAAUAUUGUGGGACCCAGUGUAGAAGGAGAAUACACGCACAUUUAUUUUUUGUUAUUAUGCAGUCGCAUAUAUUUACUAAAUACAAAUUUAUUUAUAUUUUUGUUUUUGUAAAUGCAAAUGCACUUAAGAUCCUUGGAGACAUUUCGUUGCAAGCUUUUCUGGUAGUACGGAGUAUAAAAAGUAAUCAAAUCUGGACUGCAUACGCUUAUAUAAUAAAUGUAGUGGUGUUUGUAUGUAAUUCUGUGGGCUCGUUACAACGUUUUCGCUUAAAUAUAUAUAAUAUUGCAUAUACAAAAGACUAUUCAUUAAAUUUAGUAUAAACGUCUGAAUGUAUAACUUGUUUACAUAUGCAAUGGAAUUAUUUAACUUUUU